AUGGAAAGUGGUUUGGGUGACUGCUAUGGAUUUGCUGAAGAGCUAUUGAAAAAUGAGUUAGUUCGAGAUGUAGAGGAAGUGAUUGACAUGCUGUUUGAUAAAGUUGCAGUUUUGGAUGAAGCAGAGAGUAACAAAAUCAAGGAUACACAGAUGGAAGAGUGUGCUAUUAAUCUGUGGAACUGGGCAGUAACCAAAAGACUAGAAUCCUCAAUUAAUGACGAACAAAGGACAAAAUUGCGUCAUGUAGCCUGCAAGCUUGCCCAUUUGAGUGAUUGUGCUGAUCCCACUGCAGUGUCACUGCAAAGACAAAUACUGAUGUUCACAAAAACUGGACGAAGCUGGCUAGACUGUAGGAAGCCACUGCUGGCAAAUGGAUUUCUGGACUUGGCCGUGACAAGUUUGGAAAUGUUAUAUGCAAAGCUAAUGGCUGGAUCUGAUGGACUACCAGAUGUAAAUGUUCUUAAGAAUGAUGUGGAAAAGGACCUUUUCAAAGUGCAUUCCUAUCAGGCAGAAUCAGCUGUGAUUCAGUGUGAUCAUAAGAAUGCAGUGACUUGUAUCCAGCGCUGUAAAGAUAUGCUGCUCAGAAUGCCAAAGGAGACAGGUUAUUUGUCCCUGCUGUGUUACAAUUUUGGAGUAGAAACUUAUCAGCAGAAGAAAUACGAAGAAAGUGCUUUCUGGUUGAGUCAGAGCUAUGACAUUGGGAAAAUGGAUAAAAGAUAUUCCCCAGGUUCUCCUGUGCAGGCCAAGGUUUUGCGUUUAUUGGCUAAUGUUUAUCUGGAGUGGGACAUCAAGCAACACCAGGAGAGAGCUCUCAAUGCUGUCAUUUUGGCAAAUGAAGAAAAUCCCCAUCCAGCUGGACUGUUCUUAAAGAUAAAAAUCCUUUUGAGCUGUGCUUUUCCUGAUGAAACUGUUUCUGCAGCUGUCAGCGAUCUCCUUGGAAAAGUAUCACUUACUGUUUGUCUUGAAGCUGCAAAACUACUAAUGGAACAUGACCGAGAUGUGCUGUCCUUUGAAUUUCUGACAACUCUGUCCAAGCGGUUUGAAACCUGUCAUGAUAUUGGGAAGAUUUUGCUGGUGCACUUUAUGCAACUUUUACAGAGAGGCAAAGAGCUCCUUGCCAAACAAAAAAUAGAAGACAUUAUUGCAGGUCAUUACACAGGGAAAAGGCUUUCAUCAGAAAUUCUAACUCAAUUUCACAUCGUUCUCUGGGAAAGAGCUGCCAAGUAUUUUGAGGUGCAGAAUUAUACUGAGGCACUCCAGUGGUACAGUUAUUCAUUAAGCUUUUUUUCUGCUGGGCAAAUGGAUCAGAAUCUAGCUAGACUGCAAAGAAACAGGGCAUCGUGCUAUCUACAUCUGAAUCAGAAGGAAAAGGCAAAAGAUGCCAUAAAAGAAGCAGAACAAAUUGACCCCGAUAAUAUCUUCACACAGUUCAGUGUCUACAAAAUUGCCAUUUUGGAAAACGAUGUACAAAAAGCUGUGCAGGCAAUUAAAACCAUAGGGAAACUUGCAGAAAAACCAGAAGGAUACGAGGAUAAUAUGUUAACCAACAAAAUCCCAGUGACUGAUUUUUUGAGUCUUGCUGCACAAGUCGCUCUCGAGAAUGACCAGGAUGAUGCUGCCAGAAAAGCAUUUGAGUAUUUAUGUGAAUAUUCCCAAGACAGUACUCAAUUAUUCACAGCUCUCAGAUAUGAACGACUGGACUUACUGUUAACGUAUUUGAAGACUGCUCAUAAGAAACUGAUAAGUCAGUUAGCUGAAGGGAAGAUGAGUGUUGAGCUGAAAAGUAGUGAAGCCAAUUGGUUUCGAAAAAUAGCAUGGAAUUCAGCACUGCAGUGUGAAGACUGCCCAGCCAAAAUGAGAGAGUUCUUCACUCUUUCUUAUCAGUUUUCACAGAUGCUGUCAGUUGAUAAGACCAUUUUGGUAGGUCAAAAGACUUGUUUACUAAUGGCCGCAGCAGCUAGCCUGGAGAUUGGUCGAAAAACAACAAAUACUUCAGAGCAGAUUGGAAGUCUGACUCAAGCAAGGGAGGAUAUUCAAGCUUGUUGGGAGAUUUGGGCAACAUUGAAAUCCACAGCUGCAGGUGACGUCUCAAAAGAUCCUACAGAGACCCUACUGCUACUUUAUGAAUUUGAAGCCAGGGCUAAAUUGAAUGAUCCUGAAUUAGAGAAUGUACUAGAGAGAAUCUUACAGCUACAGCAAUUAGAACCUAAAACACUGGAAACUCUGGCAGCAUUAUCCAUGGAAUCUCCUGCUCACUACCCUUCACUCUGUAAAAAGGCAUUGAAGAUUGCAUUAUCUCUUCAAAAGAAGCAACCUUGUAUGGAUGUAAUACGGUGCAGUAAGUUUUUGCACAGUCUGAUCCAGAUCUCACUCCCGACAGGAGUGACGGAAAUUGAACCUCGGAUUCUGGAGGAAGUCUUCUUCUAUGAGGAAGCAUUAGUUAUUACUGAGAGCUCGCAGGAGGAAUACCCAGAGAUUGAGAUCCUGUGGCUAAUGACUCGAGCUUGGAACACUGGAGCUUCCUUGUAUAGUUUUGCAAAAUAUUCUGAAGCAGAACAAUGGUGUGGCCUUGGAAUGCGUUUUCUGAAACAUCUGGGUUCUCUCAGGACCAGCUAUGAAAGUCAGAUGAUGGGGCUCUACACUGAAAUUUUGGAUAGAAUGGAUAGAGAAAAGAAGAUACUCCCCAUUGAAGAGUAA